UUUCUUUUUCUUUUUUUGUGGCUGAUUUGUUCAAUUGAAAACCAACAGAUACUAUGGCAAGGUAUGGAUGGACUUGACGGACCAUGUUUGUCUGGUACAUGCGUUUACAUAAAGAGAAAGGCACUCUACGGAAGUCUCAUGAAAGAAGAUGUUGAUAUCAUAAAACUUAAAGAGUCUUUCGGCUCUUCCAAUGACUUCAUCAAAUCCCUUGGCCGACAUUACAAGCUAAAUCAUGGCGACAUUUGGAGUAAAAUGUUGAUCAAAGAAACCCAAAUUUUAGCAUCUUGUGCAUAUGAAAAUCAAACCAAAUGGGGCAAAGAGGUGGGUUUCUUGUAUUUCUCAGUAGCGGAAGAUUACUUCACAGAUUUUAUCAAUUUACAUGGCAAAGGUUGGAUUUCAGUGUAUUGUGAUCCGGCAAGGCCGGGUUUUUUGGGCUCCAGCACCACAAAUCUAAGUGAUCUGUUGGUUCAGGGCACCAGAUGGAGUUCUGGUUUGGUUGAGGUUGCCAUCUCAAGGUUCUGUCCUCUUAUUUAUGGCCCAAAACAGAAGAAGAAGAAGAUAUCUGUUCUUGAGAGGAUGUGUUAUGCAGAACUUGCAUUCUUUCCUUUCUAUUUCAUUCCAUUGUGGUGCUUUGCUACCAUUCCUCAGCUCUAUCUUCUCAAUGGCAUUCCCUUGUACCCUGAGGUUUCAAGCUCGUAUUUCAUUGUAUUUUCAUUCAUUUUCGUCUCAUCCCAAUCCAAACACAUCCAAGAGAUCUUCUCAACUGGAGGUUCAAUCCAAACAUGGCGCAAUGAACAGAGAAUGUGGAUGAUAAAGUCAGUCACAUGUCAUCUCUAUGGAAGUUUGGAUGCUUUCAUAAAGAGAAUGGGUAUGAGAGAAGCUAGUUUUUUACCAACCAAUAAAGCUGUUGAUGAUGAGCAACUCAAGAGAUACCAAAUGGGUAAAUUUGAUUUCCAAGCAUCAAACAUGUUGAUUGUUCCAGCGGUUGCCUUGGUGAUUCUAAACCUAGUAUCCUUGUUUGGAGGAGUUACUAGGAUGGUGGUUAUCAAUGGAAGUUUCAAUGAGAUGCUUGUGCAAGUUGGUUUGUCAUUUUUCAUUGUAUCAGUGAGCUACCCUAUUCUUGAAGGGAUGGUGGUGAGGAAGGACAAGGGUAGGGUUCCAAUUUCUGUUUCUAUUUUGUCUGCUGUGAUUUCCUUGAUUUACUUGCUUUUGGGAUCUCUAAUUAUCAUGUAUUGGUGACAAGUAGAUCGUGUAGUUGGGUUAGAAGUUUUGUAUUAAUGUAUCGCAAUGCUGUUAGUAUUUUGAUUUUAGUUCUUUUCUUCCUAAGAUGAGGAAAUGUACAACUCGAUUGAAAAUGUAUUAUAUGGCCCACAGUAGGUUUAAUUCUUCUAUCCUUUCUUUGAAAUUCAUAAUUAUUCAUAACUA